AUGACGAUACUGGGUGGGUUUACAAGUCCUUUUGCAGCGGUAUGGAACGGCGUAGCCUCGCAGGCUUGGGAUCCGCUUGUCUCGCUUUGCAGGAGUGGAACGCUCGCUCAGUUGCAGGGCAUCAAGGUUGGUUCACUGGCGCUUCGCGAGGAUGGCGUCGACAAACCAGCAACGUUUUUCGGACAAAAGUCGCCUGAACACCCGUUUGCGUCUCUUGCUGUUCACGAUGAGAAGUUCUGGGUUCGAUUAGCACUUUUCGCGGAUAUGGGUUUCGCUGAAAGUUACAUGCUAGGGGAAGUCACCUCGCCAGACCUUACACAAUUUUUCGAACUCUUCAUAUUAAACCGCAAUCAUCUGUCCAAUGGCUCGACGUUCACCUCUGCUGUAUCCUCGGGCCUUGCCGGUCUCGUGCGAGGGAGCAACAACCUUAAGAACGCCCGCUUGAACAUCUCCGCUCACUACGAUAUCUCGAAUGACAUGUUCGCCGCUUUCCUUUCCCCAGACAUGACCUAUUCGAGCCCAAUAUGGUACACGAAAUCGAAUCCAGCGCACGCGACCGAAACACUAGAACAUGCGCAGAUGCGGAAGCUCGAUCGCUUUAUAGACAACACACAUAUAGAGUCCACAGACCAUGUGCUAGAGAUUGGCACUGGAUGGGGCAGUUUCGCAAUUAGGGCGGUUCAACGAACGGGUUGCCGCGUAACAUCGUUGACCCUCUCAGUCGAGCAAAAAGAGUUGGCAGAACAGAGGAUACAAGAAGCUGGCAUGUCAGACAGGAUCUCUGUGCUACUUUGCGACUAUCGAAGUUUGGAGGUCCCCGAGACCGGUGCUUUUGAUAAGGUGGUGUCCAUCGAGAUGCUGGAGGCAGUAGGCAAGGAGUAUCUGGAAACAUACUUCCGGUGUAUCAACAAGCUCUUGAAGGCAGACGGCGGCAUCGCAUGUUUCCAGUGCAUCACGAUGCCGGAGGCGCGGUACGAUGCCUACGCGAAAUCAGAUGAUUUCAUCCGCCGGUAUAUUUUCCCCGGCGGCCACCUCCCAACUUUAACGCAACUCGUCAACUCAAUUACCAAUGGAUCUGGCGGCUCCCUGGUCGUCGACAACGUAGAGAACAUUGGUCCGCACUACGCCAAGGCGUUGCGCAUAUGGCGCGAGGCAUUCCUGGACAACUGGGACGGAAAGAUUAAGCCGCAACUAAUGUUUGAGAAGCGAGCUGAGGGUAUGGACGCGGAGGGCGCAGAGGUCUUCCGGAGAAAGUGGGAUUACUAUUUUAGGUACAGUGAAGCAGGAUUUGCAACGAAGACGCUGGGUGAUGUCAUCAUCACGGUGGGACGUGAGGGUGCGGUGCAGAUGAUGGAGGAUAUACCGCUAUGA